AUGAAUAUUGCACGCAAAGGGAGGGUAAAAUUGCAGGCACUGGACCAGCACGGCCGACCCAUCCCCAACGCCACCGUGUCCCUAAAGCAGACCCGCGGCGGAUUCCCUCUUGGCGUCGCCAUCAACAACUACUUCCUCAACAACGCCCCCUACCAAAGCUGGUUCUUCUCCCGAUUCAAACACACCGUCUUCGAGAACGAGCUCAAGUGGGUCUCCAACGAGCCUUCCCGGGGCUCCGAGGACUACUCCACCUCCGACGCCCUCGUCCGCAUUCUCCAGUCCCGCGGCGUCGCCAUCCGCGGCCACAACGUGCUCUGGGCCGACCCUAAGUACCAACCGGGCUGGGUCGGCGGUCUGUCUCCGGCCGACCUCCGGGCCGCCGCCACCAAGAGGGUAAAUUCGGUCGUGGGCCGGUACAAGGGGCAGCUCAUCCACUGGGACGUCAUGAACGAGAAUCUGCACAACAAUUUCUUCGAGAGCAAAUUGGGGAAUCAGGCUUCUCGGCAGUUCUAUUCAUCGGCGAACAGGAUCGACGGCCGGGCGACGCCGUUUCUGAACGAAUACAAUACGAUCGAGGACAGCCGGGAUGGGGCUUCGUCGCCGGCCAAGUAUUUGGCGAAAAUUAGGGAGUUCAGGGCCCAGGGAUAUAAUGGGCCGCUGGGUAUUGGGCUGCAGGGCCAUUUCUCGACUCCCAAUCUGCCCUAUACACGGUCCGCUAUCGAUGCGCUAGCGUCCGCUAGGCUCCCGAUUUGGGUUACCGAGUUGGACGUUACGUCUGGGCCCAACCAGGCAUCAUACUUGGAUCAGGUUAUGCAUGAGAUUCAUUCACACCCGGCCGUGCAAGGCAUAAUACUUUGGGUUGCCCGGAGUCCGCAGGGAUGCUAUGCAAUGUGUCUCACGGACGGUAACUUUAAAAAUUUAGCCACCGGUGAUGUGGUAGACAGGUUCAGAGGCCAGUUGGCCGAGAAUGAUCAUUACCCCGGAACUACUGAUUCUGACGGAUUUUACGAGGACUCGUUUUAUCAUGGCGAAUAUGAAGCGACAAUCAGCCACCCGGAUGACGAAGGACUGUUCAAUUCUCGGCAGAUUAAUAUUGUGCCGCAAAGCGAAACUGAAGACGUUCAUCGUAUCACAAUAAACGUUUGA